AUGGAUUUUACUUUGAGGCAACAAGUUUUAGUUAAUAGCUCAUGGGAAGCAUUCAAUCAAAACCUUCCUCUCUUUAGUGUUUUGUUCUAUAGCUUUAUAUUGGAGAAAGCACCUGCAACAAAAAAUAUGUUUCCUUCAUUAAAAGAUGCCAAUGAGAUAUCUCUGUAUAAUCCAAGUGUCAAUGCUCAUGCUGAAAAGGUUUUUGGAAUGGUGCGUGAUGCAGGAGUUCAACUCCGAACAACUGGAGAAGUAAUAUUGGAGGAUAAUAUGUUGGGAGUUGUUCACACUCAAAAAAGAGUUGCCGGCCCUCACUUUGUGGUUGUGAAAGAAGCAUUGUUAAAAACUAUAAAAGAAGCUGUUGGGAAUAAAUGGAGUGAGGAGUUAAGUAAUGCUUGGGAAAUUGCUUAUGAUGGAUUGGCAGUUGCAAUUAUGAAGGAAAUGAGUUGA